GCCUCCAUACCUGCCACAUGCAGACCUUGGUACUGGGACACGCGUGAGGCUAUUUUCCAACAUCUUUCCAUCAUUGGCCCAAAGUCUAAUUCCAAACAAAAAUCGCCGAUUAGUCGAUGUUGUUCGAAUGGCCAAUUGUGUCCGGUAUCCACAGCAAGGUGGUAAGGAGUGUGCAGCGUCCUCUUGUGCCCAUGCAAUGUGUUAUUCCAUCACAUCUGCUUCAUCGUCGGAGUGAGGAUCUUGCGUGACUGACUGCGUUCGUGCUAACCCUGGCUACCGGUCCGUACCUGCUUCGGAGCAUCCAAGUUCUUGGAAUCCUUCGCCUUUCUGCCCAGUUAUUCUGUUGUUUCUGUUACGAUUAGCCUUGUGCUAGCAAAUUUAUCAUCUAAUUAUAAUUCACCCAAUUCGCCAAUCACACGCAUGCAUUGGGAUAACCUUGCUUUUGGCGUGCUUUCGCUGGACUUCCAAUUGGCUUUGUUUACACCAGCAACCAAACCAAAACAUUCAGCCUCUCCAUCUUCAUCAUACCUAAUAAUUCCCUUUCAUAACCAUUGUAUACCUUCCAUCUGCACUCUUCGCUCUUCCCACGCAUAGCAUCUAUCCAAUUGAUUUCAACCAGUUCCAUCUGUCAUUCUUGCCUUCUUUGGGUUCAGCCAAGAUCUCAGGUCAAUUGUACUGUACUUGCCACAACAUCAAGAAUUAAAUAAAUCUAUACUCUCACUCAGAAUCAUCAAGCACAACACUCCUUUUGCACCGAAUUUCUGGGGAAUCUUUGGAAUCUCCGCAACAGCCAUGUCAAUGUCGGCCUCCUAUAAACCAUCACCGCUCUCGUUCGGGUCACCUAGAGCUUCACCAUUUCGAAGACCGGAAUCCCAAUCUCAAUCUUCUACUCCAGUUUCUCUUUCUCCGUUAAGACAAUCAACUCCAAAUCCAAAUCCUGCAGCGGUCAAGAACAUGGUCACGCCAAGUAGACUUGGUAAUGCGGUCACCCCCAAUUCGUCGGAUGGAAUAACUACGAGCAAAUGGACCCCUAGAGGUAUUCCUCCUGCCUUUCGUGAAACGGAACCUUCACCUACAAAAGGCGCACAGUUGAGUCCGGGAUUCGGUGGCCCGUUGAGAGCGGCGAGUACGAACUAUUCUAAUGACAACGAAAAUGCGCUGUCGAAAUUAUCCAACGCGCAAGUCAGAGAAAUGAGGGAAGGGUUCCAGAUAUUGGAUAGAGAUAGUGAUGGACAGGUUGGCAGAGAAGAUGUAGCUGAUAUGUUGACUCAAUUGGGUCUUUCCUCCAAUGCUUCAGAAUUAGCUGGUUACUUUCCACCAUCAACUCCACAAACCAUCACACUCCCUACAUUUCUUAAUUCGCUCGCUACACAGCUAUGUACUCUUUCGCCAACUCCGGAAUUACUAGAUGCAUUUUCCGCAUUUGACGAGGAUGACAGUGGACAAGUUGAUUAUGCAGAAUUACGAGAUGCCUUAAUACACACAGCACCCGAUCCAGGUGUGAAGCCCUUGACGGAACGGGAGGUUGAUAGAGUUAUGGGUGGAUUCACCGCACGAAAAGCAUUAUCAAAACACACAGGAGCAAUGAGUGGAAGUAGACGGCAGGAUGUAUUCAAAUAUCAGGAGUUUGUUUCUAGUGUUGUCGGAGGAUCUGGGCCGGACGGGAAAGGAGAAAGAGUUAAUGACGAUGGUGAUGAGUAAUGUUUCGUAUGGAUAUAUGUGUACGAGGUAGAAUGGGUAAGGUUUGGGGGUCGGGACUGGGAAACGGUGGAGGUGUUGUGUUGGCGUUCUUAUGUGUAAUUAUUGGUUGGACAUUGGUCGGUCAUGGACAAUGAUAAGUCCAGAUUGGGUGGAAGGUUAUGGCUUCAAUUGUAUUUGAUGUUUCUUUGUUCUGUACACAUGGAUAUGGCACGCUUGGAGUGACGGAUCGAAUGAACGGCGAUUCCCAAAUCGACAAAGUGAUAAAUGUGACAAAUGCCGAUGCUUUGGUUCUCAUUCUUAAAUCUCGCAGGCUAGAGAUAAGUUGAUACA